GCGCGGGGGGCGUGGCCCGCGGCCGGGCCGGAAGCGGGGCGGGCGGGUCGGAAACCGGCGGCGGCGGUUCCGGUGGUUCCGGUGGUUCCGGUGGCGGCGAUGAGCUUCGCGUGGCCCUGGCAGUACAGCUUUCCUCCCUUCUUCACGCUGCAGCCCAACGGCGAGACGCGGCAGAAGCAGCUGUCGGCCUGGUGCGCGCUGGCGCUGGCGUACAGCCAGCAGCACCGGCUGCCCGCCAUGACGGUACGGGAGGCUCAGGACAUCCCGCUCUUCGCCAACCACCGCCUCCAGCGGAAGCUGCCGCUGGAAUCCAUCCAGGUGGUGCUGGAGGAGCUCCGCAAGAACGGGAACCUGGAAUGGUUAGAUAAGAACAAAACCAGUUUUCUGAUCAUGUGGAAGAGACCGGAAGAGUGGGGAAAGCUCAUCUAUCAAUGGGUGUCAAAGAAUGGCCUGACCAACUCUGUGUUCACGCUGUACGAGCUGGUUAGUGGAGAUGAUACAGAGAAUGAAGAGUUUCACGGGCUGGAUGAGGCUACGCUGCUGCGUGCCCUGCAAGCCUUGCAGCAGGAGCACAAGGCUGAGAUUAUCACGCUGGAUGACGGCCGAGGUGUCAAGUUCUUCUGACAGGAGCCUCCUGCCCUUCCCUGCUGCAGUCUCGGAUCUCCCUGGCCAAGCGUUCCUCUCUGGGCCUGGCUUCAAACUGUGACUGCAAGUAGCUGCAUCUCGGGAUUUCUUGGGGCAAGAUGAGUCUGAGAACCCUUCCAAAGAUUUAGGAACAUCCUGAGAUCCUCUGUCUGGCUGUUCUCCCUGUUGAUGUGUUCGAGAGGCUAAAGCUGCUCUAGGCAGUUCUGAGAGGGACCACCCAGAAGUGGGACUGGACUGCUGCUGGUCCCUGUUCCUGUGAUGGCCUCGAAGCAGUCCCAGCUGGCUGUUCAAGCUUGACCUCAAAGGGCCCCCCUGCAUCCCUGCCAGCCACGUGUGGGGUCCUGCAGUGCUGCUGCAGUGCCAGGGGAUGAGGCAGGAGCAGGGCACGGGCCAUGACUGCUACGCUGUGGAAGCCCUCAGUGGCAGAAGGAAAUGCACUUGCUGCCAAGCAGGCUGGGGGAAGCCAGGGAACUAAUUUCAGGUGAUUAAAAUGAGAUGUAUUUAUAGAGCA